GUGAGCAGCAGCAGCAGCAAAAAAAAAGUAUCCUCUGUUGAGAUCAGCUGAAACCGAUGCGCUCCAUUAUUCGCGAAACGAGUCUACGAUCCGGUUUGAAUCCUUGUAUUCCGCUUGAUUUUGUCGAAAGAUCGCCGUCGGUCGAGUGCGGGAAAUUGAUUUUUUUGGUUUUUGAUUGAAGAUUGAGAUUUCUUUUGAGUGAUUUGUGAUUAUUAUUUUUUGAAGGGGGGAAUAUUUGGAAGAAAAACGCGGAAAAUUCGAAGUCGGUUUGAAACGAACUGUUUGUGUGAAUUUGUAAAAUUGGAACGUCGGUCGUGGUUUGAAAAUUGUGGUAAAGUGAAGUGUUGUUGUUGGUCGAUUCUUGAUUUUAGUGCAGUGUUUCUAACAAAAUGAUGGCGUAUCAUCAGCGAGUCAACCAGUUUAAAUCAAGAAUCGACUUUGACGAUCCGUCGACCACCAAGCCACCAAGCUUGGCCAAGUCGGCGGUGCUGCAGGCCCUCGAGGAAGAGGAGCGCCAGCAGAUCCGUGGAAAAGGUUUCCUUCAGCAGUCACGUCCGAGCCGGUCCAGACAGCGGGAACCGGUGCCGGGGCCGGAGCGUGCGCGAACGCCCUGCAUCAACCGGGACACGGUUCUGCGGAUCAACCGCCGGCCGGUACGGCACCGCUCGUGCGACAGCUUCUGGCCUCCGCAGCAGCAGCACGGAAACGCAAGGAGUCCCUCCCCCCGGGGCAGCAGCACCAACCUGGGGGGAGCCGAAGGUUUGAAGCGCGUUGCUUGGCCACCAUCUGCAGAGGGUGGUGACGAGUACGAGCAGGUACAGCAGCAGCAGCCCCAGCAACAACAACCCCAACAGCAGCAGUACUAUCAGCAACCUCAACAACAACAAGCACCCGCUUUUCAACAGUAUCAACAACCAGCUCAACAGCAGCAGCAGCCCCGCGAACGCAUCAUCCCAAUUCAAAGGACCACCUCCCACGUUUCACCGCACCGCACCCCAAAAUCCCCGUUGGGUGGUGGGCAUCAACAGCCCAAGUAUCCUCAGCAGCAGCAGCACCAACCAGCUGGACGGGUUGGUUCCUCGACUGUAUCGUUCAGCGGUGGUCGGCCCGUUUUGCCCCAGCAGGCCCACCCUCAACAGCAGCAGCAGCACUAUCAACCUGCCUCGCGGCCAGUAAGUGCCCCGUACCAUCAGCAGGUCCAGCAGCAGAAUCGCUACUCGUCACCUUCGACGGCUUCGCUGGGUUCGCCCCGUUCGCCCCAGAUCGUGGGUGCUGGUGGCCAUAGCCCACGUGGCUGGGCCCACGUGCAGUCUCCGGUCCCGGUGUACCGUCCGGCCCCGCAGCACCACCAACAGCAGCAGCAGCAGUACGUCCCAGCACCUUUUCAGACGGAUUUGAACCCGUCCGCGUACCACCGUCAGGCCUCGGCCGGGUACGGACCGCGAAAGCCCGAACAACAGAACCAGCCCCAAUAUCAACCCCAACCAACGCAGGCCUUCCAACCUUUAGUGUCGCAACAGCAACAACAGUUUUACCAGCCAGAACCACAACAACAACAACAGCUUCAUCAACACCAGCCAGAACCAGUUCCAUUCUUCACCACCUUACGCAGCGAACCUCCAAUGUCGCAGGAACCGGCUCCGGUCUACCAAACCCAACCAGUUGCUGCUAUUUAUCAAGGCGGUAGCAAUAUGCGCGGAGAUCAGAAAUGGCCACCGGCGGAAAUCAAGAAGCAGAGUGAACUGGAGAACGAGGAACGCCGACGACUUGCCCAGGAGCCCGCGUUCCGCCCACGCAAAGUGCAGAAAGAUUAUGCCAACUUCUUUGCCAAAAACGCCCUCAACCAGACCUACCCGGGCUACCGGGCACCACCCGGCACUCAGCACCACAACUAAAACAGUUAAAAAAUUCACCACACCACAGGACACUCAAACACACCAACACCAACACGAAACAACAAUAGCAACCCGUUUGAUAGCGAAAAAAAAAUUGGAGGAGUUCUCCAGUUCACUUUUGAACUUUUUUUUUUGUUUUGUCUACCAGAGCUGAUGAGAAGAUUGUUCACACAAACAAAUGAAAAAAACGAAAAAAAAACAAACAAAAUAUAUUCUAAUCGCUCUUUGAAGAAGCUUUACGAAAUAAACGCACCAACAGAAAAACACACACACGAAACUAAACAGCUUAGGAGGAAAUAUUUGUAACUAAUAUAAUUAUGCACUUUUUUAAGUCGCUUCCUGUUUAUUGAUGUAUGUUUUGAAAAAAAAACAGCUGCGCUUCGGACAAUUUCAACGCAAUGUUUAAUUUUAUUUCUCUCAGUUUUCUGAUUUCAGUAUACAGACAUACCUAACGCUUAAUUAUCUUUUAAUUACUAAUAGUUGAAUAAUCAAAAGCUGGUUAACCGCAAUCGUAUUACGCUAAAAACUAUUGAACAUGGACAAACACGAGAGAGGGCAGAAGGCCCACAGCGCAAAAGAAUAACACAAAAGCAAUGUUAAACGCGAAACGCAAGUGUUAAAAGCAAUUAUUAAUCAAACACGUUUAAUCGGUAAUGAGUUUUUAGUGAUAAAUAUUAAAGCAGACACGGAGGCUGGUUGGCGCAGGGCCAGGGUUGUAGGCUUGCCCGUUUCUCGCCUGCAGGACACAAAACAUUCAAGAUCAGCGUAAAGAGAAACCGUCACUACUACAAUCCUGGUCCCGGGCAUGAAAAUGAAAAUUGAGCAAACAACAGCACGAACAAAAAAGGGGCUUAUAUUUUUGUUUAUUUAUUCAUAAGCUGGCCAGCAGCAGCGACGGCAACGCGGCCAUUGUUGUUGAAGCCGAAACGAAAACAACAACAAAAAUCGGGUUAAAUUUCACACCCAACAGUCACAGAGUAGGCCCCGGAAUGCAACCCUGCAAUUAAGUUUUCGCGCGCAAGUGUCACUCCCCUGCGUUUGACAGCUGCUCGCUCCGCGGGCAGCGGUGACAGAUGGGCAGGGGUGGGAGGAGCUUUUUUUCUUGGACUCUCAAAAUCCCAACGCAAAAUAUAAUUAUUGCAGGAAUUCAUUUAUUAAAUAUUCACCCUCGGGGAAGUCUUUGUGGAUGAUUUUUUCAGAGAAUUUUCGUCACAUUCAAUAAUGGUUAAUAAAUUACUUUUGAAGAGAGAACAAAAAAGCGUUUUCCAUACAGUGAAGGUUGACUGGAUAGCUAUUAUCAGUGGGGGGGAGUUUAUUAUAGCACACAGAAUCCGGUUCAGUUAAUUAAUUUUCAUAUUGACAGCUUCCGGGAAGCAAAAUGUAGAUUCUAUCAAGCUCCAAUGAACUCAUUUACAUGCAUAAAGCACCGAUUUUCAAUCAAAAUUGAAGUCUACGGAAUAUCACUGACGAACUGACGUGCCACCCCAUACAUAUUUUUGAGAAAAUUCUGACCGCAAAUUCUCAGGCGAACACCAACUCCAUCUACCUUCAGGUUCGCUGAACUAAUUCUCUCUUCCAAACGUGUUUUCGAUAUUGCGAUUACGCUUCAAUUUUUAAUGUGCGUCGUUUCAAAAUAGUAUGCGCUCAGAACGAUUUUGGAGCGCGCUGUUCGUUUCGGCGAAAGCGUGUGUCAGUUUAUGCUGACUUCAACAAUACAUUGCAUGUAAACAUUGGCGCGAAGCGAGAGAAGAGAGCUAGUGAAGAGAGGGAAGAGAGAAAAAUCGGUUGACAGAUUGUUCGCUAGAAGCAAAAACGCCAAACAAGAAGAAGACAACUGCGGUCAAAAGUGGUUUGUUCGUGGCACGUCAGUUCGUCAGUGGGAAUAUGUUACAUUUACUAGUAUUGUGUUUACGAUUUCAGUCAUAUUUGUUCAAUCUGUCAUUUGUUUGUUCAAGUUUUAGUGUUGCCAAAACGUCAAAUUGAGAAUGAUCUUCAGGUUUUACUCAGUCUUCAAUUCUCGUCUAUGUCUGGUUUGAUGGUCAUGCGACCAGAAUAGACGAUAAUUAAUGUACAUUUUAUCUCGGAACUCAACCAAGCAAGGGGUGGAAAUCAGCUGCAAAAAUCAACAAACCAUUAAUUGAAAACAACACAUCUAUCCUGCUGCUCAUCGAGCAGCAAACAGGAAUAAAAAUUUACAUUUCGCGACCCCAUAAAUUACCCAUGAUAAAAAUUGAUUCCAAACUAUGCUGCUGCAACAAAAAAAAAGAAAUGUCAUCAGACCGGAUUAUGCAAUAUUUUAAAAAUUCCAUUUGCAUGAAAGGCCCACGCCAUUGAGCUCUCAAAUUUGCUAUUUCCGCCAAGUUGCUCCACACACAAAAAAACUGAUUGUUCAAAUUUAACGUGCAACAUAUGAUGCACCAAAAAAAUGGCUCCCACUCGAACCACAUUGAUCAAUUUUACAAAUUAUUCUGUCGGGCCCACAAAUUUGCGUAUACGCUGAGAACGCGCCACUUGCGAAUAAUAGAAUUUCAAAUGUUUGAAUAAUGGUAAGCCAGUGUUACAAGCAAAAAAUGCGUCAAUUUUCUUUUUUUUUCAAUUGCUCCCAACCAGCCUGCGUGACCCCAAAUUUGCGCCGCUGAUCAUAGAGGAUUAAAUGUAGUUACCAUUUAUUUUAUGUUUUUUUUUUAACGCGCUUCGUUGGCAAACACUGCCCCUGACUCGCUCGCGUGCUUCUUUUUUCCUUCUUUUGUACAAAUAUUCAAAUGAUUUUGUAGGACUCUCGGCAACAACAAAAAAAAGUAGGAAAAAACAGCACGGUGCGAGAGAGAUCAAGUGGCAAACAAAACAAAUGAAACAAUUAUACCGUUCGCUUUUGGAUUGAGCUGAAUAUGCAUACGUAUUACUAUUUAUUACUACUGUUAUUACUGUACUAUUUUAAUUUUGAGCGACGAACCCGAAAAAAAGAGUACCCUAGCAAAGCAAAUCAACAGUGUGCUAGAUGGCCACCCAGAUAGAAACACGGAGAACACCAAAAAAACCGUUGACAAUUUGUGACUGUGCGCUCAGCAAACGCUAGGAAUCCAAAUAAAGUAAAAUAAAUAUUCACAGAAAAAAAAAAACA